AUGUCGGCCUCAAAUGAUGUCGCAAGUUUGGCAACCCCACCAUCAUGCAUCGCAGACUUUUGUCUGAUUCCGCUCGGCACUCCCACAGCAUCUGUAUCCAAAGAGGUGGCGGAAGUGCAGCGGGUUCUCAAGAGGAGCGGAUUAACUUAUUCCAUGCAUUCUGCGGGAACGACGGUUGAGGGCUCAUGGGACGACGUUAUGCGGGUCAUUGGACAAUGCCAUGCUAUGCUGCACCAGAAUGGCAUUGUGAGGAUCCAGAGUGAUAUCAGGGUGGGGAGCAGGACGGACAAAAAGCAGGGAUUCAAGGAUAAAGUUGAGGCAGUGGAGAAGCUGCUCAAGGAGGACCAAGGUGCAGCGUUGUAA